CUCCAAGCCUCCACAAGCCUCCUCAAUUUCAAACUUGACGUGGGAGAUGUAUUUAUAUAUAAUUAAUUAAUUAUAUAUAACUGCAAUAAGUGAACACCGCGCUCAUACGACAUAGGGUGGUGUGUUGCUACGCUGUCUUUCAAUAUCGGUGCUGACUGCCUUGAGUUGCAGAAUAUUAUAUAUACACUAUUGGCAAUAUGACAGCAGAGGGAGGCAAGGCCGGCCCGAUCCAGCGAGCACUGCUCCCUGGUUACCGGCCUGAAGUACAAGCGAUGAGAGCAGCUCUCCCAUGUGCUGUGAAGGGUUGGGUUUUCAAUGAUGUGACUGAUGGUACCGUGGAUAAUGAUUCUUUGCCGAGGUGGUCGUUCAAGUGGUGGAUCUCGUACGAUGGUCUGCAAUCACUGACGCUGUACUUCUGGCUAGUCAAGGACUUCUGCUGGUCACAAUGGUAUUGGUACGAGGCUGGUAUAGCUGCAGGAUCAUGCGCUGUGUUUCUGUCUAUGGUAACUCUGUGUAUCAACCUUUGGCACCGAUCCAUUGCUGAGGCAUGGAUCAAUUUCGGACUCCUCUGUUGGAUCAUGGGUAAUUACAUCUGGAUGAUUGGCGAGUUUAAGCUGGAGAAUCCGGAGGCCUUUUUUAACACGGAUGGUAUGGACGAAGAUCAGGUCUACGAGAUGGCUGACGCAGUAUACAACCAAUACGCUGAAUACGCCAAGUACAUCCUUCUGGGAGGCUCCAUCUGGCUCUCCAUCUACUACGUGCUCAGGUGCUUCCCGAGUUUACCUGGGUUCACUCGCACAGACACCUUUGUGCGUGAGAUCAACAAGAACAGACCGCCAACGCGCUUUGGACUGUACUUCAUCGACUUCAUCGAGUACGAGGACACGCACGUUCUGCUGUGGGUGGUUAAGGAUUGUCUGUGGACGUAUGGGUCGAAUGCAGGCUACAUCAUCUUUGUGGUGCCUACCUUCUUUCUGUUUGCCGAUCUGAUCUGGAAGUGUCUGAGGCGGCGAGGGCAGCUACUGCACCUGUUCCACAACUGUUUGGUCAUGGCUUGGUUGUUUGCUAACACUGUGUGGGCCAUUGGAGAGAUGGUGUAUUACGAUGAUGAGCUUCCGGACGAGGCGUACGAAGAGUACCAUUGGCCGUCUGACGCAGGCAGUUACUCGCAACUGUAUCUGCGGUACUCAGUGGGUUGGUUGUUCUGUGGGUCACUGAUUAUGGUGGCCCUAUUCCACCUGUGGUGGAUCACUGUGACGCUCAUGGGCAAGCUUGGUCCCAGGCGCUCGGCUGAGGAGAAGUUCGUAGACGGUCCGUCAGAUGACGGGACUACCAAAAGUGUUAUUGAGGUUCCUUCGCAUCUCCCCAACGAAUCAAGUGUAGACCCAAUGGUGAUUGAGUCAGAGGGCAAGAAGGAGAUGCCCGCACUUGAAACAAGACAACCCACCGAAGCGAUAUCCGUUGGUUCAUUAGAACAAAAGUCAGAGUCUGAUAAUAUGCCGAUGACGUGUUGACUGAAAGAACUGGUAGAUAAGGAUAGGUAUAGUAUACAUAGCCCAAUGCAGGCAGACAUCAAUAAACACCAAAACUUAGGAGAGA